AUGCGAGCUUGGUACUUCCAGGAAGAUCAUCCGGAGCUGCUCCAAGACUUUCCUAAUCCUCCUGAGUGCUUUCCCGACAAGUUCAAGGCUCUUGCUACAGAGUUCCAGCCUCCUUUCACUUGGAUCUUCAUCGGACCUCAAGGCGCCUUUUCUCCCCUCCACCGAGACAUCUGGUACACGUGCGCAUGGAUGGCGCAGUUCCAAGGGAGAAAGCGCUUCCUUUUCGUUCCUCCCAAGGACCUCAAGCUGGUCUAUCGCAAGCUCGAGGAUAAGGAGGAAUACCUGGACCUGCGGGCCCCGGAUCUGGAGCGUUUCCCUUCCUACCGACACGCGAACUUCAUCGAGGCCGUGCUAGAACCUGGCGACCUGCUGUACAUUCCUAGCAGAUGGCCGCACUUUGUUGAGUGCCUUACCGACUCAGUCUCUCUGACCAGCAACUUUGCCAACGUCGUUAACUUCAAGCAUGUUCUGAUCCCUUACACCCGCUGGCUGGAGAAGCGACAGGCCGCCAUCCAGCUCAUGAAGGGAAUCAUGAAGAUGCAGCUGCGAUCCUCGGGGGAAGAUGGGGAACAACAAGGAUUGUUGUGA